AUGCAGAAUAAAGUAGGCGAUGAUUGACCUGCGCUUUAGGCCGUCGUCUGGCAAACCUUUUUGUUUAGUUUACAAAUCACUAGGGUUUGGUUGCUAGAAGGUGGGCGUUACGUCAGAUUAUCCAAUAAAUCGGCAAACUAGGAAAAAUGCAAUCUUCCAAUAGUGAAAUAGAAGAAACUCUUAAACGAAUCCAAUCUCACAAGGGAGUGAUUGGAGUUGUUGUUAUUAACAAUGAAGGCAUUCCAAUCAAAUCCACAUUGGACAAUGCCACUACAAUCCAGUAUGCUGGGUUGAUUAGUCAACUUGCUGACAAAGCCUGCAGUGUUGUUCGUGAGUUAGACCCAACCAAUGACCUGACAUUCUUCAGAAUUCGAACGAAAAAACAUGAAAUCAUGGUUGCACCAGACAAGGAGUAUAUGUUAAUAGUUGUUCAAAACCAGUCAGAUUAAUAUUAUUCAUUGGCAAACUUUAUCUCAAUAAAUUUUCUUCUUGGGCAACUAAUUCAAAA